AACUGUUUCUCCUCUCCUCGUUGUGUAUUGAAUACUCGGUACACAGGCAGGAAGAAGCUGUUGUCUACUUGCGUGCAUAGCCUUGACAGGCCGGCUACCUGAAGGUCACUACUCGGAGACCAUGACCUCAGAAAGCUGGUCACCGAAGGUCAGCGAGAUCCGGUGUGCGCAGCGUAAGGAAGGCUCCGCCGCCGUGCUGGCUAUUGGAACCGCAAACCCAGCCAACCAAGUGUCCCAGGAAGAGUACCCUGACUACUAUUUCCGUGUUACCAAGAGCGAGCACCUUACUGACCGCAAAGACACAUUCAAGAUAAUAUGUGGUCUAACGGGCCUGGAGAAUCGUUUCUUUUACCACUCGGAGGAACUACUCAACUCCCACCCAGAGUUGCUGGACCGCACGUCGCCUUCCCUCGAGGCUCGGCAGGAUAUCGUGGCCAAGGCUGCUCCACAGCUGGCGGCAUCAGCCGCAAGGAAGGCCAUCGCAAAGUGGGGCCGUCCGGCCACUGACAUCACCCACGUCGUAGUCAGCACCAACGAUGUCGGCGCCCCAAGCGUCGACGUAUUCUUGGUUUCACUCCUUGGCCUUCGCACCAACGUCCGCCGUACGAUGCUCCAGCUUACCGGCUGCUCUGCCGGGUGUGCAACAUUGCGCCUGGCCAAGGACCUCGCUGAGAACAACCAUGGCGCACGCGUCCUCGUUGCAUGUGUGGAGCUCUCCAUUGCUGGCCUCUGUAGCCCCGGCGAAGGCGAGAGCUUAGACGCCCUCAUUACUCAUGCACUGUUCGGUGAUGGGGCCGGUGUGGUUAUCAUCGGCGCGGAUCCCGUUCACCCGGUCGAGCAGGCGUUGUUUGAGUUGGUGUCAGUUUCCCAGACCGUCGUUCCCAGAACCGAGCAUAUGCUCACCCUGAGGAUGGGGAGCUACGGCAAUCAUGGCAAAGUUUCCACCAAACUGACCCAAGUGGUGGCACAAAACAUCGAACAAUGUCUGAUGGAAGCAUUUGGUCCAACUGGCUUGAUCGUCGACUGGAAUGACCUCUUCUGGGCAGUGCACCCCGGCAGCCGUUUGAUGUUGGACCAAAUUGAUGAGACCCUCAAGUUGGCGCCCACAAAGCUAGCAGCAAGCCGAACAAUUCUACAAAACUACGGGAACAUGUUCAGUGCCACCGUGAUCUUCGUCCUUGAUGAGCUCCGGCGCCGAAUGGAGGAAGGAGAACCAGCAGACUGGGGGGCCAUGGUGGGAUUUGGACCAGGUUUCACCAUGGAGACGGUGGUGCUGCGCGCAACUGGCUUUUUAAAGAAAAGUUAGAACUUCAUUAAGCACAAACGGGAGAACAAGAACAAAGUCCAUGCUCUCAACUGAAAUAACUUCGAUACUCUACUAUUAUGUGUGCACACUCUAAGUGACUCAUAACAAUAAGUGGUUACGUCACCGUACACAUUUAGAGGGCAUAAAUUUCCUAUAGUUCUGACGUACUUCUUGUUCUAUUUUUUUAACGAAAAUACUUCUUGUUCUAGUUGUACUACCAUAUUAUAUUUAAUG